AUGCCAAUACGAAAGAAGGAAGAAGUCUGUGGAAAGCCUACACAGUACAACCUUAGAACAUGUGAAUAUGAUUGGAAAUACCUCCCAGAUACACAUUUUAACUUGGGUGAAACCCCUAAACCACGGAAUAAAGAUUAUUUUAUGCAGAACCUGCCGUCAAGGGCGGAAAGUCGUGAACAACUUCCUCCGUUGUCACCUCGGGCUUCUCCGCCAGUUGAGCAACCCGCCAUAAUAUCAUCCCCACCCUUGCCAGUGAAACUAAAUUCAGCACCGACAACAUCUUCUUUUCCGAUUAUUCCUUGGUCUCAUGAUAAUCUACGUCGGAUGGUGGAGGCUAAUCAAAUGGAAGCACAACGGUCGUAUCUGCGGAGAGGACUCUAA